AGAGAGAGAGAGAGAGAAACCCUAGGAACAGCCAUCCAUGGAUCCCGACCGGAUCUUCUUGUUCCAGGCGCUUCUCGUCGCGCUCACCGUCGGCCUUGCCGCCUCCGCCACCUUCAUCUCAGAUCCUGUGAUCGAAGCCCAGAGAUCUACUGGUCGGAAUCUGCUCCAGACGAGAAAGUCUUGCCCCGUAAACUUCGAGUUCAUGAACUACACGAUCAUCACAAGCCAGUGCAAGGGACCCCAAUACCCUGCUAAGCUCUGCUGUAGUGCUCUCGUAGAGUUUGCAUGCCCUUAUGUGGACGAGCUCAACGACGCCACAAAUGACUGUGCCUCGACCAUGUUCAGUUACAUAAACCUUUAUGGCAAGUACCCUCCAGGUCUCUUUGCCAGCGAGUGCAAGGGAGAUAAGCAAGGGCUUCCGUGCCCUGCUGAUUCACCUCAGGCUUCUGAGAAAGCUGAUGCUAGCGCUGCUCCAUUUAGUCAUGUUGUAUUGUCUCAGAUUGGUCUUGUGUCUGCACUCGUUCUGGGGUUUCUUUUCUCUUGAUAUACGUUUGCAAUGAAUGAUGAUGUUGUAUUCUUCACUGAAUUAUCUUGGAUCGCUGUGUUGAUGUAUUUGUAUUGUACGGGUGUGUUGAUGUGUUUGUAAUGUAUGGGGGCCAUUGGUGCGAUGUAAUUCACAUGAUGAGGUGGUGAUGUUUUAUUUUAGAACUGGUUUUAUUUGUAUGCUAUAUUUAUUAUUUUUGUGCAUAAUUAUGCUUAAUUUUU